CGGUGUCUCCCGGGUUUAUAUGAGGGUCGCCCUGCGGGGCGUGGGCAGCUGUGUCUUUUUCUGGCCUGGGUGGGGGUCGCCCUCAGGGGGGUGGUCCCUGCCCGUCUAUAUUUAGUGUCUUCUUCUGUCCCUCACAGGCCGCACAGAGUCCCUGCACCUGUCACCCCGGAGCAGCUUCCAGGAGGACGACAUGAAGAAAGCGGUGGCAGACCUCCUGUACUGGAGAAACAUCUCUCUUUCCGCUGUCUGUCUCACCGGCCUCACCCUGUGCCUGCUGUGUCUCAUCCAGUUCAGUGUGAUCAGCGUCGUCUCUUACGCUUCUCUCCUCAUCCUCAGCGCGGCGCUCACAAUGCAGCUGUACUGGAAGGUGCUAAAGAAAGGGGACGGAGCAAACCCCUUCCAGAGGUAUCUGGACAUGGAUCCCGUCCCUCAGCAGCAGGUGGAGGUGAUCUCCGCUCGUCUUGUGCUUCUCCUCUUUUCUGCGCUCUCCACUCUCCGCAGACUCUUCUUAGUGCAGGACACCAAGGAGUCCCUGAAGUUCCUGCUCAUCCUCUACCUCCUCACUUAUGUUGGUGCUGUGGUUAAUGGACUCACCCUUCUGCUCCUCGGGGUGAUUGGGGUCUUCACGUUUCCAGUCAUGUACAGACACAACCAGGUGCUGGUCGAUCGCCACGUCUCCAUGGUCACCGGUCGGGUUGCAGCAUUUCGAACAAAAGUUCGAGCUCAGUUGAGAAAACAAGGAACUAAAAGGGACUGAGAACCGCGGAUGCUGCACUGGCCCCUCCCCCUCCGAUAACAUACCACCGUGGCCCCUCCCCCUCUGAGAAAAUGCCACGAUGGCUCCUCCCCUCCGGUAACAUGCCACAGUGGCCCCUCCCUCUCAGGAAACAUGCAACGGUGUUCCCUCCCCCUACAGUUACAUGGUGCAGCGCCACCAACCAUAGUAUUCCAGAUCCAAAGUGACUCCCAGUGGAGGCCCCUGAACACUCCCAGUGGAGGCCCCUGAACACUCCCAGUGGAGGCCCCUGAACACUCCCAGUGGAGGCCCCUGAACACUCCCAGUGGAGGCCCCUGAACACUCCCAGUGGAGGCCCCUGAAGACUCCCAGUGGAGGCCCCUGAAGACUCCAAUCAUUGUUACCGCAGGAUCAAGUCACACAACAAUGAGUGGAAAAUUCUGCAACUCUGUGCACAAUAAAUUGUUGUUUUUUUAUUUUAA